AUGGCUUAUAAUCCGUUAGGAGCAGACAUAAACAUUUUGGACAAUAAUUUAACACAAAUUUUUAGGGAUUCAGAAGAAUGGCUAACACUAGAAUAUUUUUUGCAGAUGAAUGCCAGAACAUCUCGAGUAAAAUUAGUGCAAGCAUGGAAUAUAUCCCCAAUCGAAGUAGUAAACAAAUUUAAAAAACGAAAUUUCGAGAAACUUGUUUUAAAAAGUUUUAUCGAUACUUCUUCAAUGGAUAUGAAUAAUACCAUUCAAGAUGUUUGCGUACGAGGUUUUUCCAUUUCAAAAAAGGGAUUAAAAUUAUCCAUCGGAAAUUUCAACAUACCCGGAUUUCCAUUGAUAUCACUUAAUAAGGAUAACCCCCAUAGCAAUACAUAUGAACUCACAUAUGAGCAAAAUGGGUCUAACGAAGGUAAAAAGUCACUAAAACAAAGAAUUAUGGAGCAAAGUGAAAAUGUUUUAUUAUCAGGUGAAAGAGGGAUAUUUGAAUUUUUUGUGUGUGACGUUGGGGUUGGGUUAUCACUUUCUGUUAAUGAAGAUGAAAUUAAUUCAUAUGAUAGAGAUAUAUUACCUAUGGAAUAUGAUAGUAUAUUUAUCAAGAAAAAAGGGAAAAAUAAUAGUAAUAAUUGUGGGAAUAACGAAAAGAAUGGUGGUGCAAAUUUAGUUAAUUCUUUAACUAUUCAUUAUAAAAAUAAGGAAAAUAAUAAUAAUGAAAAGGAAAUAAAUUUAGAUUUAGGUGGUGAUAUAAUGCCAUCCUAUGGGGUUUUACCCUAUUAUACAUUUAAUCAUGAAUAUGUAAUUUAUGAUAGCUCUCAAUUGCUUCCUCGUUAUUUGAUACAAUUUGAAUGUGACCCUAGUGCUGAAGAAGUUUUUUCUAUUCCUUUAUGUGAUUAUUGUGGUAAUGCACCUUCUUUAUAUUAUUGUGAAUCGGAUGAAGUAAAAUUAUGUGAAAAAUGUGAUGAGAUUAUUCACUCUCAAAAUAAACUUGUUAAAAAGCACAUAAGAAAAACAUUAAAUGAAGCUCAAUCAAAUUUUGGAAAUUGCAAAAUCCAUUUACAAAAUGAAGUUGAUAUGUUUUGUACAGUGUGUCAUAUUCCUAUAUGUAACUUAUGUAUGUGUACCCAUGCACACAAAGAUUUAUCGAAUUCAAACUUUUUCAAUUUUAAUAAUAAUAGUGAUACCAUUAUUUCAUUAAAAAUGGCAUAUAAUGCUAUAAUGCAGCAUAGCAGUAAACCGUCUAAUUUUAUUAAAGAAAGAAAAAAAAAUUUAAAUAAUUUACUUGAAAAAAUUGAUAAAUUGCAUGAACAAGUCAGCUUAAAUAUGAAUGAGGCAGAAAAAAAUGUAUAUACAGUUCUUGAAGAUUUAGUAAAACAACUACAUACAACUACCGAUAAAAAAAUGUCUUCAAUAUUAAGUGAGGAAUAUGAAUUAAAAAGACAAUUUAAUGAAAUAAUGUGGAAUGAAAACUUUUUAUAUUAUUUGCAAACAAUUUUACCACCAGCUGAUUUUAUGAACGCUUGGCUAAAACAUUGCCAGUACAGGGAAGAAAUCGAACAAAAUUCUGAACAUUCAGAAAAAAUUAAUUCAUUAAUAUUUCCAGAUAUUCGAAUAAAAGGAAAUAUAAAUGUAAUAACUGAAGGGUCUAUUAACCAUAAAAAUAUAUUUCACUCCUCUGAUCAUUUAUAG